AUGCCAUAUCAACUUCAAGCAUUGAUCUCGGAAGGUGCAAAAUUUGCUACUGAAACUAUUAUAGUCAGACAUUCAAGGCUUGAAGCUUAUUUAGAAAUUGCCACAAAAUCGAAAAACAGCAAUAAUUUGUGA